UUAACUGCAGAAAAGACGGUGGGGGGAGAGCGAGGGUAAUAAAAUUACAGUGCCUUCCUUUUAUAACGAGCAAUCGAAGCCCUGCUAUCUUUACGAGAUAAGAAGAGGAUAACUUCGGUUUGUUAACACCACAAUUCAUUAUUACAGCAAACAAACUUCUCCAGCCGUAACUUCCCCCGGUUGUGCCGCUUCGGAGCCGGCACCUGCGCGGCCCCGCGCUGCGCAGAAAGGUGCCUGGGGGCCCGGCGCGGCCACUCGUGAACCCUCCCGGGAAUCCGCUCCGCCUCACCCGGGCCGCUGGUGGCUGACGGCCUGAUUCGUUAAGGGCAGUGGUUAUCCGAAAAGCACAAGAACGGAGCUGUGCAACAAGAGAGGAUGUUUCAGCCAGACCGCCUAAAAUUUUGGUUUACAUCGGAAAGCCUUAAAUCAUGAACUUUCUAAACUUUUCAACAAGAUGUGGGAUAUGGAUGUUAACCGCCUUAUGCCUGGGAGAGACUACACAAUUGAUUUGCAGGGCAAAGCAGGUGCUGCACAGCAAGGCGACAGUGCUGUCCAGGACAGUGCAAGCAGACGUUUGUUUCACAGCGUAAAUGAAGAGCGCCUGAAGAGCAUAAAAACUUUUGCAACCUUUAUUUCCUUAUUGGACAACUAUGAGACAUCAACUGGUGUAGCAGAAGUAGUGACUCCAGAAGAAAUAGUUGAAAACAAUUGCUUUCUUGAUGCUAUCUUAGAGACAGAAGUCAUGAAACUAGCUCAUGAAUAUCUGCUUAAAAAAAACCUCGCAAAGCCAAAUCUUGCAGAUUUCAAAUAUCAGCUCUAUGACAUCUGGUUCCAGCUCUAUGCCAGGAAAGAAGGAGACAGACCUGAUUCUUGUGGUUUUGAACAUGUUUUUGUUGGAGAAACAAGGCGUGGUAAACAGAUCUUAGGUUUGCACAACUGGGUGCAAUUUUACCGUCAGGAAAAGCACAACCAAAUUGACUACAAGGGAUAUGUCACUCGGAAGAACAAAACCAGGCCUGACAAAGAUGACCAAGUUUUAAGCAUCCAAUUCAGCUGGAAGGGCUCGGUCAAGCCAAUUGGAAGCACCUUUAUUGGUGUCAGCCCAGAGUUUGAAUUUGCCCUUUACACCGUCAUUUUCCUGCUGGCUGAAGAAAGAGUCACACGUGAAACAGUGAAGAUAGAGGAAUAUGAGCUACAGAUGGUUGUUUGCCGCCAUGGGCGCCACAUUGGAACAGCAUAUCCAGUACUCCUCAGCACCAGUAGCGAAGACUAGUAUUGGAGUGAUCGGGCAAUAUUUCUUUGGGGGGGACACGGAUGGACAGACACACACACACACAGAAAACCGGGUGGCGGAGUAAGUUGAUGUGCUGUUCCAUACAACUCAUUUUGAGUAAAAAUUAGUGACUCGC